CAAGUCUUGUUUUUCACUCUCAUCCAUCUCUUCUUCUCCACCCAAACCAACUCCAACCCUUUAACCUCUCUCUCUCUCUCUCUCUCUCUCUACAAAGUGGUGUGAGGGAGUUACAAGCUUAUCAAUGGAGAUAACCCUUAGGCCUCAAGAGAGAGAAAACCCAUCUCCCACAAACUCCCCAAACAGCUGCAAUGGAACCACCACCACCACCAACAAUGGAGUCCAUACCCAAACCCCUCCACUCACCCCAAAACACAUCUCCAGAUCCGAAUCCAAUCCCUACCCAACAACCUUCGUCCAAGCAGACACCACCACAUUCAAAAAGGUAGUUCAAAUGCUGACGGGAUCAUCAGAAACAGCAAAACAAGCCUCGAAACCGUCCUCCGAUCCACCACCACAGUCCUCCAAAAACUACAUACCCCCAAUCAAAACAGGACAAAAAAAGCAAGGAUUCAAGCUCUACGAGAGAAGAAACAGCCUGAAGAUGAUCAGCCCUUUGAUUCAGAGUUCUGGGUUUUUGGUCGGAAACCCUGAGGUCUUAUCGCCGAGCAUACUAGAUUUUCCAUCGCUGGUUCUGAGUCCUGUGACGCCAUUGAUUGAAGACCCAUUUAACAAGUCUUGUUCGCCAUCGAUUGGGAGUUCUUCUUCGGAGGAAGAGAAAGCGAUUGCAGAGAAGGGGUUUUACUUGCACCCAUCGCCCAGAACUACGACGCCGAGAGGAUCGGAGCCACCGCAGCUUUUGCCUCUAUUUCCGGUGACAUCGCCCAGAGUUUCAGAGUCGUCGUCUUCUUGAAGAUGAUGAUGAAGAAGAACAAGUGGGAAUCGUUGUAAUGUAACUGUGAGGAUUUGUUUUGUGCGGUUGUUGAAUGGGUUUGGAUUGGAGGAGAGUUUUUCGAGAGAGAUAGAGAGAGACAGGUAAGUGAUUGCUUCAAUUGUACUAUUUGAUUUCUCUCUCUCUUCAAUUGUUCAACCAAAAAAAAAGAAAAAUAAAUUUGAAAAGCCUUUGGUCUCUUUGGUUAUGAAAAA